AACUAUGAGUCCUGACAUCUAUCACAAUGGCAAAUAUCAUUACAUCAAAAUUUUAAAGCGUUUCAAUAAGAAAAUAUUUUAGAAAAUGUACCCAAGGAGAAUUGAAUCUUUUGAAUCUAUUGAAAGAGUAGAUGAAACUGGCUUAACGGGUCCUCAGAAAAUUGCAUUGCAAAACGGAUGGCGGAUUAUAAAAACGCAGGCAACCUAUCAUGCUACGAAUAUCUUUUUGGCGUUCUUUGGGAAAUAUCCCAAAUACUUCAGCGUGUUCGCAGCACGAGCCAAAAGCCAGUCACGAGAGAAUGAAGCUCUACAUGCACACCCCUCUUGGGUGGUAGCGAAAUUUGGUACAUUAAUUGAAGAGGGUCUAUGGGAUACAGGAAAAUUCAACGCUUCUAUACAAAUGAUUGUAAAACGGCACAAGAGGAGACUCUUAAAGAAGUCUGACAUUGAGUGCAUGGUGAGCACUGUGAACCAGUAUUUCAAGAAAGUAUUGGAGAGGUACAUGACUCCCACGCUAUCAGCAGCCUUAGACAAUCUGUGUAACAAACUUCUCGAUAAUUAUGUGUAGAAGUUUUGAGAUCCAUUGUAACAACGAGCAGAUCAUCGAUGUGUUAAGGAGAAAAACCAAAUAUCCGUGAGAACAAACAUGUUGUCUGUGAGACUGUAAAAAUAAAUGUUUAAUAAAAACAAAUAUGGUACA